CAGAGAACUAUGUGGUGAUUGCACUUCACGGUUAUUACUACAGAGGGCGCUGUAGCUAAACCCACAUAGAAGUCGAGCCGGUGGCGGCUAGCAGGCAGAUCAGAGCGGGACCCUUGAAAACAAAAACAAUUCUGUGGCUUCCCUUUUUGAGUCCGAGGUGUCACUGCAAUUCAACAUGAAGUUCAUGUCCUCUUUGUUUAACGCUGGUUGCCAGUGUUUAGCGGUUUAGCCAGAGAGGUACCGAGGAGUCCGAAUCAGGAUUCAAAACGAUACAAAAUGCCUCCGAAGAAGCAGCAUCUCAAGCCGACUGCAGCCAACGUCUCCAGCUCUUUGGACCUAGAGUCUGAGGACAUCAGCUUGGAGACUACCGUGCCCACCACCGAGGAUGUCUCCUCGUCCGACGAGCAGCGGAACGGCUCCCAGAAGGUGACCCGUCAGCUGAUCGAGAGGAAGGAGCUGCUGCACAACAUCCAGCUGCUUAAAAUCGAGCUAUCUCAGAAGAAUCUCAUCAUAGACAACAUGAAGGCCGAUCAUAUGUCAAAGGCUAUCAUCACCAGGAAGCAGCAGGCUCUGCGUAAGCAGGAGAUGGAGGCCAUCCUGCUCAGGCAGCAGCAGCUUGAGGAGACUAACCGACAGCUGUGUGAGAAGGCUGGAGAACUGAGGAGGUCUCUCAGGGAUCUGGACCUCUCCCAGGACAGAUACCAGGAGCUUCGUGGUCUUCCUGAGGACAAAAUAUCUAUACAGGAAUAUGUAGCUAUGCGUUUCUAUGAGGUAGUGACCCCUCUGCGGGCCCAGCUGGUUGAGCUUAGUCUGAAGAACAGCAGUGUGACAGAAGAGCUGGAUAUGCACAGAACCAAGAUGAAGACACUGAUUGAGAGCUACGAGGAAGAGCGGCGGUUGCGUACAGAGCUGGAGAUGAGGAGCCAGAGAUUGACCUUAGAACUGGCUGACACCAAACAGCAGAUCCAAGAUGGCGACUACCGCAGAGAAAACUACCCAAACAUCAAACGAGAGCGCGACAACUUUGAAGCAGAGCUGAAGGCGUUAAAGAGGAGAUACGAGACCGUAGACUUGUCUCACGCCGCAGUGACCAGAGAAAGGGACACACUCAGCAAAGAGGUGGCAACAUUGCAACAAUCAGUGACACUCCUGCAGAAGGACAAGGAGUACCUGCACAGGCAGAAUGUGGAACUCAGUGUUCGCUGUGCACAUGAAGAAGACCGCCUGGAGAGAUUGCAGGUACAAUUAGAAGACACUAAAAAAGCCAGGGAAGACGCCUAUGAAAAAUAUGUAGCAUCCAGAGACCACUACAAGUCAGAAUAUGAGAGCAAAUUAAGAGAGGAGUUGGAGAACAUCAGGCUGAAAACAAGUCAGGAGAUAGACAACCUGCAGAGAACCUCCAGGGAGAUGUAUGAGAGGGAAAACAGGAACUUGCGCGAGGCCAGAGACAGCGCGGUGCUGGAGAGAGACCGAGCAGUGGCUGCUGAGAGAGACGCCCAGUCCAGAUAUGACCAACUGCUGGAGCAGUUCCGUCAGCUCCAGCUGGGUACAGACAGCCGGGUGGCAGAACUAUCCAACCAGGCCAAGCUGCACUCUUUUGAAGCUGAGCGUGCUAAUAUGGUCAAGGAUGAGACGGCUAAAGCCCUAGCUCAGUGUCAGCUGGAGUGUGAGAAACAGCAGAAGAAACUAGAGCUCCUCACUCAGGAGUUUUACAGGCUACAAACUUCCUCAGAGAGGCGGGUAGCAGAGCUGCAGACUCAGAACGCUGAGCAGGCGUCUCGCCUGGAAACGUAUGAAAAGCUCGAGCAAGAGCUGGACCAGGUCACCAUGCAAGCCGCCGAAAUUGAGAGUGAAGAAGAAGCAGAGAGGGUUUUGUUCUCAUAUGGCUAUGGGGCAAAUGUUCCUACAACGGCCAAAAGAAGACUAAAACAGAGCGUUCACUUGGCCCGCAGGGUGCUGCAGCUCGAGAGGCAGAAUACAUCACUGAGGAGAGAUUUAGAAAGUCACAAGUCGCAGACGGGGCAGAUAUCCGAAGAGUUGUUGGCCGCCAACCAGCUGUUACAGCAGACGCAGCAACCUUAUAGUUACUUGAUUGAGACGGUGAGACAAAAGGAUGCACAGAUCAGCAUACUGAAGGAGCGUGUCACCUCACUUGAGGGCGAUGUCAGUUCUCUGAGGAAAGAGCGGACCGCUCUGGAACAGGUGAAAAACAACAUGGCCGCUGAUCUGGAGCGACUUCUCAACCAUCAAGAGGAGUUGGCCAUGAUGAAGCAGGUCCUGAUCAGCAUGCAGUCCAGACAGGCAGACGCUCUAAACCUUUUGGAAACAGAUAAAACUGGUAUCAGGACGUCUGGAUUGGGGAAAAAGAAGCAGUCCAAAGGUAUCAACAGGACAGCAGAAGAAGAAUCACCAAACAAACCCAAACCCACUGUGUUUACAAAUAAAGAAGUUCCCGAUUGGUACCAAAAGCAGAAGCAGAAAUCCAAGUGACCGUUUGUGUCAUGACUGGAGCUCAGGACUUUUGUUUUGUUUUUAACUUUUAGGUUUUGUCUAGACUUUUGUAAGUUACAGUUCAUUUCAUUGCUUGAUUGCUUUUCAAAUACAAAGGCACAAACAGUUUGAA